AUGGACGCAACAUCCCCCUUCCAGCAGCUGCCGGGCGAAAUUCGCCAGCAGAUAUACCUCGCGUAUUUUUCGACCCCUGACAACAUUUACGUCUUCGAUUUCCCUUCCAAAAAGCUCCGCAAAUCCGACAACAGCCCAAUUGACAUCUCCCUGGUUGCUACCUGUAGAGCUAUUGCGAAAGAGACUAGAGGGAUGGCAUUUCGCCUCAAUACUAUCAAGUUCAAUACCACUUACUCCGAUGAGCUCAGGAUACUGGCUGGGCGCUUUCACAUGUUCAUUUCCGAACGCCGUUCGGCACUGAAAUCCGACUUCAGCAAUCGCGCGGCCUCCAUGGACCCUGCGAAGUUAGGAAAUGUCAUUAACCGACACCCGGUUCUGGUACCAACCAUUGAAGAGAUAAAAACAUAUGGGCGCAGCCCCCACAGUGGAUAUUGGGCUGAUGUUCCAUCGCGAGUCUACUUUGCCAGUCUCGACGCUCUACGCGCCCAUCUGGCCUCUCUGCCCCCUGACGGACUGUCGCUUCAAGCUAGCAACGACCCUCAAUGCCAUAAUGGACUGAUGGUAGUCAACAACCCUCCUCGACGCUAUGAUAGAGAACGUAGCGAGAAGCUUGUUGGCUUUGAAAUAAAUCCGUGGGAUAUCCCGCUCGAAUAUGAAUUGGACGACAACAUGCUGGAAGACGCAGCCUGGGUAGAGCUCCCGACCCACCUCGACAAGAGAUACCAUGCCUACGAGCGAUGUCGUUACAUUGAUAAUGGGAAAUACCGCUUUUCCGCCACAGCUACUGCUAUCUAUUUCCUUCGCCGCAUUAUGCCAGAGACCCGCUGCUUGGUUCAAAAUAUCAUGAUUGAUGAAGACUAUCGAUCUGUAGCGUUCCCUGAGUGUCAUGCGCUCGGCCUAAUCCCAUUCUGCCAGGAAAACCCAUCCCUACGCAUCAUACGAGGUGCCAGUCUAUGGGGCAAUAUAUUUCUCUCGCGAAUGGAUGAACCUCACUGGCAACGGCACAUUCGCUUGACCUUCCACUGUCUUGACCCUGACCCACCCGCGGCUGACGAGUUGCCGCUCGGGGAUAUUGUCCAAGUAGUAGCAGCUUGGAUGUCAGAGGCCGGUAUUCUCACCUCCAUGGGCAUGCCGGUCGGCCAGUUUACGUUUUUCAUGGAUGGCGAUCCAUUUCCUGAGGAAGCGUCUGAAAUAUUCAGGACAGAGCUUCAAGAAGCCGCUCUUUUACAGGAAACCGUGUGCAAGGCUCCAAGGCCCGGUCGUUGGUGCGCCUACGUACAGAGAAUAAUGGAUCAUUUUCUCUUUGACGAUUUCCCACGACUACUGGCGGAUUUAUCAAAUAAUCGGGAAUCCGGCAUAAUACAAUGCAAUUUUGACCCUGGAACCUCCGUUGGAUCACCGGAUGAGAUACUAUCAACCCAUCCAGAAUGGAGUUGGCAGGAGUGGGAGUACGAGUUGUGGGAUCAUUUCGAGGGUAGGGAUGACACAUUGCUACCAGGUUUUGAUCAGAUGGUCUUGCACAAUAAUAUGACUGAAACCUAUUGUCAGAAGUUCCCAAAUGGCCCUCCCCGGGGCUCCGUUGGUGACUAUCCUGACUGGGAUGACAAUCAGACACAGCCUAUGCCCGACCUUCCCGUACAGGCCGGCGAUCCAGAAGAGGCCGAUGAUACGGAAGAGUCCGACGCUCACGAGGCAGAUGUUUAG